AUCCGUUCCGACUUAACGAAUGAUGGCCUCGGUACAGGACCCGUACCAAUGAAUGACAGCUACGGCACUUCCAAGGGACAGAGCACGACACGCCACGACAGGGAGAGAUUUGCAUCAAUGCCGUUUGAUCACCAGGGUCGGAUCUCGGCCGAAGUGUGUGAUUGGCGAAGAGAAAGCUUACCUUCCGCCAAGCUUUUCCUUUUGUUCCGCGCGAUCUUGGCGGUGUUCGAAGGGUGGACACUUCUUCUCUAUGAGGUUUGGAGGGGCGACAGUGGACGAGGCUGUUUCUGUCCUGUUCGGCCAGCGACGUGCGUGAUCGACGCGAUUACGAAGGGCACGGAGUUAUGUGGACAUAUCGAUGAGUGAAUUUAAAUGGAUUUACUCGGACCUAAGCAGUAUCUCCACCGGGAUCAAGACGUGGGCAAGAAUAUAGAAUAGGGAAGCCGAGGCCGUGGAGACAAUGCAAUAUCGACCACUCGGAUCGAUUGGCAAACAUGCCGUACACCACCAGUCGCUCGGACGGUGCCUCACUGUAUUACCGUGACUAUCGGCCCUCGCACACCGCUCCGUUCAAGCCUCACGCGUCUCGCGAGACCGCCAGCAAGCCAACGCUAGUCUUUACUGCCGCAUGGCCCUUCUCGUCGCAAAUGUACGACCACGUCGCCCUUCCGCUCUGCGAGUCCUACGGCUUUCGCUGCAUUCUGAUAGAUCGGCGUGGGUUCGGGAAGAGCGAAUGGAGCGGGUCCAAGCCUCAUGAGAUCAGCUACGAGACGUUUGCCGACGACCUCGCACAAGUGCUGGAAACGUGCGGUGUGGGCGACUUCUUCGUCGGGAUCGGUGCCAGCCUGGGCUGUGGGGAGUUCUUGAUGAUGCUCGACCGCCAUCCAUCCCUCAAAAGUAACUGUCAAGGUCUGGUCUUCUUGGGCCCGUCGCUGCCCAUUCCAAUGCAGACUGCACGCAAGCCCACCGGCCCCCCUCGUGCUUUCUGGGACGCUCUGCUGGAAAGCCUACGCGACGACCGUACGGCCCGACUCGAUACGUCAUUGGAGUAUGUCUGGGGCGAGAAGGGCGGCGAAUACUUGAGUGCAGCCGAGAAAGCCCGCUACGCACGCAUCGCACACGAAGCCGAUCCGUGGGCGCUCGAACGCACGAUUCGCAUAUUUCUGGAGAACGACUUCACCGACCACAUACGAGAGAAAGGCAAGACGCUGGACUUUCCGUUGCUGAUCCUUCAUGGCAACGCAGACGCGGCGAAUCCGGUUGAAUCCGGCCCGGGCCUCAUUCGUGACAAUGUGCCACGCUGUGAAAUCAAGACGUACGAAGAUGCGGCUCACGGGAUCGCUGCGACACACAAGGCUCGUUGCGUCGAUGAUAUUGUGCAGUUCCUGCAACAAGUUUGACAGUACCGAUGAAUGAGUGCACGUUUAAAAGCCAAUGUUCCGCGCGGCCGAUUGUAAGAGUUGAUUGCUUAUUGGGCAGUCAACAGUAUCGAGUGGUGUAUUCCAACAGUAGACAAUGAGUCCCGUCC